AUGCCGUCGUUUUCUUCUCGGCUGGAGCGGGAGCUGAGAGAGUCCGUUCUGUGGCGCGACGACGACGUUCACCUGUACCUCUUGAAUAACAAGAAUUACUACUUGUGGGAGGCGGUGCUUCGCGGCCCGCCCGGCACCCCCUUCGAGGGCGGCAAGUACCGCGUGUUGCUGAACGUGCCGCAGGACUACCCGAUGGUGCCCCCCGCUGCCAACUUCACGACGAAGGUGUUUCACCCGAAUGUGGAUUUCGAAACCGGUGCUGUGUGCCUCGACAUCCUCAAGAGCCGCUGGUCGCCCGCGUGGACGCUCAACAGCGUUGGCCACGCGAUCCAGAGCCUGCUGGCGGACCCGGAACCGAAUAGCCCGUACAACUGCGAUGCGGGCAACCUGCUGCGCGCCGGGGACAAGGAGGGGUACGCCUCAAUGGCGCGCAUGUACGCCAUAAUGGAAGCUGAUGCCCCGCCGCUUCCGCCACUGUAG